AUGACCACAUUAACAACAAUGAAGCAAGGUAUCAUACAAUUCACCGUCGCUACUGCGCUCCUCGUCGCCAAUGUGCAAUCGCAACCGUUUUCAUCCCAAAUACCCCUCGUGCCAGCUCAGAAGCCAUGGUCACAGUGGAUGGCUGACAGCAUCAUCAGUCGCGGUGAUGCUCUGAGGGUUAAGCCUAACACCAUGACCUCUACCGUAUUCAAACACGGCAUGUUUCAAUUGGCAUUGGAGCGACUGACGCAGCAAGUUCCCAACGAGCACUCGAAAGCUCUCUACUUCGAUUAUCUUCAGCGGAGCGUCGAGGCGGAACUGGGCGCAGACGGUCUUAGGUACUACAACGUGGAGCAUACGCACAUUAUCGAUGACUUGCUUCUAGGGCAUGGAUUGCUCUACUUGCACGAAGAGCUCGGCGAUGAAAAGUACUUGAGAGCCGCGAAGCAGUUGCGCCAAAGCCUGGACACGCAGCCACGCACUGCGGAGGGUAUGUACUGGUACCGAGCAGACACUUCCACCCCGGACCUCGAGUAUCCCAACACCCCCGACCAGGCUUUUGUGGAGCAGAUAUACAUGUUCGCUCCAUUCCUGACUCGCUAUACGAAUUUGGUGGACAUUGGCAACGCAACCGCCGCUUACGAUGACGUUCUUCGUCAAUUCGAGCUCUUCUCAAACCAUUGCGAGCAUCAAGACACCCACCUAUGGGCGCAGGGCUAUGAUGACACCAAGCAAAAACGUUGGGCCGAUCCAGUAACCGGUGCGACUCCUGAAAUUUGGGGUCGUGCAAAUGGAUGGAUGACCAUGGCAUUGGUAGACACACUGGAGCUUCUACCCAUUUCACACCGAUCAGAUCUGUGGAUACGCCUGCACACUUUGUAUGUUGAUUUAGCCAAGGCUGCAGCUAAGGCCAUUGACCCCGAUACUGGAGCGUGGUGGCAGGUCAUGUCGUGGCCGGGACGCGAAGGCAACUUCAUCGAAAGCAGUGCUUCAGGAAUGUUCGUCUACUCCCUGUAUAAGGGUCUGCGUCUGGGGUACAUUGAGGAUGCAGAAGACCGAGCAGCAAUUCAACGUUCCGCGGGCAAGGGUUUCCAGGGGCUGAUUGAUCAGUUUGUGGUGUAUGAACCACAUGGCACAUUGGGUUUCAACGGCACAGUGCAGGUUCGUGGGCUUGGUGGCAACUUCUCCUACGAGUUCUACAUCGAUGGCACAAUCGCCUACAAUGAUCUAGAAGGUGCAACCGCCUUCCUCUUCGCCGCGAUCGAGCACGAAUUGGCUGAAGGCAAGGGUUUGUAA